AUCACCAAACAUUCCCUGGAGAAUAGCUUACUACAACUGAAAUGCCAUUUUACCUGGAAUUUAUAUGAUGAAGAAAGUUCCUUAGAUGACUUGGAGAACAGAGUGUGUGACCAGGUACAGUUUCUAAACAAAGAAUUCAAAGCAAUCAUGUACAAUCUGUUUGCCUAUGUUAAACACCUCCGAGGCCAGAACGAGGCGGCUCUGGAAUAUUUACAGCAAGCAGAAAAGUUUAUCCUGCACAUACAGGCCCGCCAAGGCAAAAUCCGAAGUCUGGUCACCUGGGGAAACUACGCCUGGGUCUAUUAUCACAUGGGCAGGCUUCCAGAAGCACAGGCUUACAUUGACAAGGUAGGACAUCUUUGCAAGAAGUUUGCGAGCUCUUACAGAAUUGAAUGUCUGGAAAUUGACUGUGAAAAAGGAUGGGCCCUUUUAAAAUGGGGAGAAAAGUAUUAUGAACGGGCAAAGGUGUGUUUUGAGAAGGUUUUGCAAAAAAACCCCACCAAUCCGGAAUUCUCCCUGGGACUGGCCAUCACACUCUACCGUCUGGGUGACAAAGCACCAGUAGAGAACACCGUUCGCCUUCUGAGGCGGGCCAUCCAGCUGAAUCCUGACAACCAGUAUGUUCCUGUUCUCCUGGCUCUGACUCUCCAGAAGACCCAGAAACAAGCUGAAGGAGAUAAGCUAGUCGAAGAGGCCUUGAAGAAAACGCCAUGCCUCACGGACGUACUCUGCAGUGCGGCCAAGUAUUACCGAAAUAAAGGUACUCUAGACACGGCUAUCGAAUUACUUAAAAAGGCUUUAGAAUUGGUACCGAACAACGUCUUUCAACAUCUGCAGAUCGCAUGCUGCUACAGAGCCAAAAUCGGGCAAAUACAGAAGUCACGGAGGUAUGCCAUGAAGGAGAAGGAAGCAGAGCUGUAGGAGAUGACGAGACACGCACUGGAUCACUUUAAGAGAGUUGUCGAGUUGAAUGUUAACCUUCCCCGUGCCUGCUCUGACCCUGCCUGCCUCUAUGCCAUCACUGGCCAGUAUGAUAAGGCAGAGUAUUACUUCCAGAAAGAAUUCAGUAAGGAUCUGCCUCCCGCCAAGAGACAAGUGCUCUGCCUGCGCUAUGGACACUUCCAGCAGUACCAGCGACUGCGGGACGACACUGCCAUCCACCACUACCUGCAAGGUUUGAACAUCAACGGGACAGUGACUGAGAAGGAAAAGCUGAUUGUCAACCUAAGAAAAAUUGCCCACAAACGACUCUCUAAAAAUACCUCCGAUGCCAUGGGUUGGCAUCUCUCCAGAUUCAUUUGGGAGCUGAAUAGAAAGGGGCACCCAUGGGACAGUGUGCCAGCAGAGGCCAGCGGUGUUGUCUCCCCUGCCCUGCGGGCUGAGAAGGGCAGUGAGGAAAAGACCGCGGAAGCAGGUGGGACCCACCACCCAGAGAAGCAGAACGCCCUAGAGAGAGCCUGUAACCAGUCCCGGGGCCUUCAUAUAGAGAAGAGUCAGAGCGAGAGCAAGAGACAGGUGUAGGAGGCCUGGCAAGGUGGUUACGAAGGGGAGGGAAACAGGGACGCAGAGAGACUGAGAAACCACAACUGGCAGGAGCUGGGCCAGAUGGCUGGGCUUCUCAUGUUGUUGUCUCUUUUUCUGGGUUUCCCAAAAUUCUCUCAGCCAGACCUGGAAAUGCAGAAUCAUUUUUCCUCUGUCCUACAGAUAUUUUGAGCAAAAUCUCCUAUGAGGGAAAGCACUUGCUUUGGGACCGUGGGACUCUGUACCAUCCAGCUCUCGUCCCACGCCUUGCCCUCGGCUUGGGACACAGUGGGUACUCAACACUGCUUACGGGAACAAGGGAAGACAGCAGCACUGGGGCCUGGUCCUCCUUCCUUGCUCCUUACACUCCCAAAUGAAUUCCAUACAAACCAAAGAUUUAAAUGUUUCAGAAACAGAAAUCACAACAUUUCUAGAGGAAUUCUUGAGAGGAUUUUUCAGAUCACACAGUAUGGAAACUGUAAGUAUGAAACAAAACACAAAAGGGCAAAAGUAUUAAGGAAUUCAACCACACUAUGAAACACGUUUCAUAGAAGAGGGACCUCUGAAAAGUCAACCACACUAUGAAUUCAACCACACUACGAAUUCUGGAAUUCAACCACACUAUGAAACACAUUUCAUAGAAGAGGGCCCUCUGGAAAGUCAAAAGAUCAAUGACAGACUUAAAAAUACUGUUUCAGUACAUUACCAGGUAACGGAUUAACUUCCUUAAUGCUGAAACAGUUCCUCUGGACAAAUGGGCAAAGGUCAGGAAAUCAAAAUGGCUUUAAAAAGGGAAAUGAUUCUCAAUGUUCCUCUUAUUAAAAGAAAGCAAACCAACACUAUUAAGAGAGGUCAUCUCAGGUCAACCAAAGAAACACCUUUCAGAAAAAGGUCCUAAACAAGGAUGUGGGUGAAUAGGCUCCAUCACACACCGCUGUUGAGAUUAUAAAUCCUGUAGAUGGAGGGCAUUUGUUGAUGGAAGGUGAACAUUCGUGAGUCUUUGCCCAGCAAUUCCACUCAUUAAUCUAUCCUAUAUUUGCAUAUGCAUGCAAAGACAUGUAUAAAGAUACUCAUGAAGUUUUGCUUAUAAUAACAAAGGACUGACAACAACUCAAAUGUCCAUCACUAGGGGACUCAUUAACUCAAUUUUCAUAUUUCAUGCUGAGAACAGCAUGCAGCUAAUAUUUAAAAAA